AUGAAGGUAACAUUAGCAUUUAAUUUAUUCAAGUUAAGAGGAAGAAAACCUGAAAUAUUUAACAUUUAUAAGAUGAUUAUUUUUAUUUGGUUGUCUUUAUAAAUUUAAGCAGAAUAAUAACUGAUUGAUCAAGACUUUAUUGGAGUAAUAUCUUCAUAAGAAGGUAAAUUCAAUAUAUUAUUAAGAGAUUGGGCUACAUAUUAGUCUAUAAAUAAAAUUACAUAAUGUGAUUCAACUUAUAUUUUGGUGGUUAUCAAGGCUUUAAUUAUCAGACUAUCAUUUCUAAGCCUUUUGAUUUACCACCUCAUUAUCAAAUAAUCAUAAAAUUGAAUUUUUGGAGGUUAUAUUUAUUUAAUUAAAUAGGAUUGAUGAUUGGGAUGUAGAUGAUAUAUUUACAAUUUAUAUUGAUAAUUAAGUGGCAUAUCAAUAUACAUAUUUAAGUUAAGAUAGUACGACAGAUAAUUGUGGAUUAACUCAAUAUGAUAAGAAAUAUUAAAUUGAAAUAACAUUAGAUCAUUUUAGUACAUCAACAUUUAUUAUAAUGACAUCCAAAAAUGGUUAAUGGUGGGGUAUUUCUGAAUUUCAACUUUAUGUAAUGACAUGUACUUGUGGAUGUGAUUCAUGUAAUUCAUUGGGUUGUUUUGAUCAAAUUUUAGUUUAAUAAUCAUUUAAUAAAAAAUCUUUUGUUGCUAUUUUAGAUUCGGAGGGAUGGUAUCACAAUGGAAUAUUAAUUAAAACUAUUUGGGAUGGUUGUUGUAUAUUAUAAUAAAUUAAUUAAUAGAUUUUUCUAACCAAUAUUCACCAGGUGAUCAUCUUAUAAAAUCAUUCACUUUAGGGUCUCAUAUUGCAAUUAGUUUAUAUUUAAAAGUAUUUGUUAUAAAUGUUAUAUCUCCUUAAAUGUAUGUGUAUAUAGACAAUAUUCUGAUAACAACAACUUCAUAUACUCUAUAAGUAUUUAGUUAUUAUAAUAAUUGGAAUUGUAUCUUAUUUUAAAUAAAUAUUUAAUAAUUAGGACAUACUUAAGAUAAUUUAACAGUUAAAAUUAGAGUAGAUUUAUCAACUUUUUCUGAUUCUUUUAAUAGAUUUGGAAUAAGAGAUUUUUAAUUAUUUAAAAAAACAAGUCAAUAAUUUAUACCAAAAUGUCAGAUCACACUAAUAGAUGAAUACUCUAAAUUAGAUAUUUAACCUUUUGAUUCAUGCUUUGAUUAAUAAUACCGUAUUUUUGAAGGAAGCAGUAAUUGUAUAAGGGGAAUUUGCUACAAUUGUUAGAAUGGAUGGGAAUACAUAACUGCAAUCAAUAUAUGUGUUCCUUUGUUUGCACGCUUUAAAAUAAAUUAUUAAGAUGAUUUCUAAAAUGGCUGUUCAUUUGAAAAUUAUAAUUAGUAGGAAUCUUAAAUAUUAUUUUAAACUCAAUGUAUUUAUGAUUUUAAACACAUUAACCAGAAUAAAAUUUAUAAGGAAAGACUUUUUGAUGAAAAUUUAAUAAAUUUUUUUUAAUGCAGUUAUAAUUAUCUUAAUAAUGAGUAUAAAAUUGUUGAAUUAUAAUACAUCAUAAGAAUUAAAAAUUGUAAUGAAUAAAUUUUUGAGAAAUGUUUAAUUUGCGAGAUUGGCUAUUAAUUAAAUUAUAAUAAAUAAAAAUGUGUCCCUAGUUGUCAUGAUGGAAUAAGAUUAUUUGAUGAAGUUUGUGAUGAUUAAAAUAACAUCUAAUUUGAUGGUUGUUAUAAAUGUUAGAAAAGCUGCUAAUUAGAAUGCUUAAUGUGUAUAGAAAGUUAAUGUUUAGAGUGCCAAGAAGGAUGGGAACUUUUAGAAUGGAAAUGUCAUCAAAUUUGUGGAGAUAAUAGAAUUGCUAAAUAUUCAAAUGAAGAAUGUGAUGAUGGCAAUUCCUUUUCUAAUGAUGGAUGUUAUAAUUGUAAGUUUGAAUGUGAUUAGAAUUGUUUCUAUUGUUAUAAUGCAGAUUUAUGUUUUAGAUGUGAUGAUUAUUUUGAGUAAAUAGAUGGCAAAUGUAGACCUAUUUGUGGAGAUGGUGUUGUAAUACCUGAAUUGGAAGAAUGCGAUGAUUUUAAUUAAACACCAUAUGAUGGAUGUUAUUAAUGUUAAUUUUAAUGUGAAAUCAAUUGUGAUAUAUGCGAAAAAGGUAGGUGCAUUUAAUGUCAUUUUGGAUAUUUUAUGGAUAAAAAUUAAAAAUGUUUAUUUUUAGAAGAAAAAUAUGAAGAGUAAUAACAAGAUACUAAAAAUAAUGAAAUUAAUUUGGAGGAUAAAGAAGAUAUAGAAAAUAUUCAUUAUUCAAAAGUGUCUCAUAUAUCAAAUAAUUGUGGCGAUUAAAUAUUAUAAUAAUAUGAAGAGUGUGAUGAUGGUAAUAAACUAAAUUUUGAUGGAUGUUCAGAUUAAUGUAUUAUUGAAGAUAAUUGGCAAUGCAAUUCUAAAUUUCCUAAUUUUUGCUAUCCUUAAACUUAAAUUUAACUUUUAUUUCUUAAUCAAACAUAUGAUAAACAAUAUGUAAGAUUGACUUUUAGUUAAAAGGUUAAAUGGGUUGGAACUCCUUCAAACUUCAGUUAAGCAAUCCUCACUUAAAUAUAUGGAAUAAAAAAAAAUCAAAAAUAAAUAUUUAUUAUUCCAAUAAUUCCUUUAGAAUUAGACAUUUAUGGUAAUCCGAUUUAUGAAUUUGAGAUUGUUUUUUCAAGUUCUUAUUUUAAAAUUCCAAUUUUCCAUGUUUCUAUUUUAAAUGGUCUUCUAGAUGAACAUAACAAUUCAUUAUUAAAUGUUUCAUAAAAAUUGAAGAUUAAAACUCCUAAAAUUUUAAAGUCUACACAAAAAAAUGUAGCCUAUAAAUUAAAAACCAUAGGUAAUUUAAUGACGAUUGGAUUAGGAUGCAGUGGAAUUAUAAUGUUGAUCUUUGGUGAUCUGUUAUUAAGCUUAGAAAUUUUCGAUAUUCUCUAAUAUUAAUCUUGCCUUAGGUUUUUAAAUGUUUAAUUUCCAUAAAACAUUAAAAUAUACUUUGAAUUUGCUGAUUUGGUAUCAAUAACACCAAUUUUAAUAAAACUGACAAUAUUUGAAAAGUUUUAAAAUAUUUUUGGAGAAGAUUAUUUGAAAAGUUAUGGAAAAUUUUAUGAAUACAAAAUAAAUGCAGAUUUAAUUACAAACAUUUAUGGAUAAAUAACCUAAUUAUUAAUAUUUUUUCUCCUCUACUUUUUUUUACUUUUGUUCAGACCAUUAUUCUUUAAAAUUUGCUUUGCAAUCUUAAAAAAGAAUUUACAUUUUUAAGUCAAAUAUAAAAUUAUUUAGUGUUUCGUUAUUUAAAUAUACAAAUUAAUGAAGAAAAUUUUAGAAUUAACUAACCUUUAUACAAAAUAAGGAUUAUCUCAACUAUUUUAUACAAACUGUUGGGAUUUAAUCUUUAAAGUAAUAAUGUAUUUAGUUUCCAAUGAAGAUUCAGGUUCUAGGGCUGUAGUGUCAAAUUGCAUAUGCAUAAUUUACCUUGGAAUAGUAUUUAUUUUUCUUUGUUCGCAUUUUAAAAGGCAAAAUUAGAAAAUUGUACUCUCCAAACUAAGAAUGGAAUAACAUGAUGGAUUGGUUCUAUGCAAAAAGCUGUUAUUCUUAAUUGUACUUGUUGGUAUGUAGAACCAUUCUUAAUUUUAAUGCAUUUUGCUUCCUUUUAUCUUAAUUUUUUAUUUAGGAUUUUUGAUAUUUUUAAGAAUUUAAUCUUUCGAAACUUUGAUGAUAAUUUGGAUUGAAGCAUCAGUAACAAUAUUUACAUUGUUAAGUUUAGCCUUUUGCCCAAAUUUAACAUAUUAUUUUAAUGAUAACUAAUAAACAAUAAUUUCAUUUGUUUAAAUAGGUUUUUUAAUAUUAGGUUUAUUAGCUCCUAUUCUCAAAUCUGGGAUAUAUUUUUAUAAAUAAUUGUAUAAAUGCGUGAAAAAAAUUAGAAAACCCAAUCCCCCUAGGAAGCAACUUGUUAGAUAUAUUUUUGAAAUUGCUGAUAGCUGA